AUGGCUGGCAGCGUACGGAGUAGCUCUUCUUCUUCAACAGAGCGUCUUCGGACCAUCUUGACCGGUGCAGAAGCAGCCAUCUUCGACCUCAUCUGUGCUGGGGCCUCCAUUGAGCAGUGGGCAGAGUGGCUUCGGACUCCGUUGGAGCAUGCUGUGGCUGCGGGCAAGAUGGAUCUCGUUGUCCAGCUCGCCCAAGCGGGAGCAGGAGGCAUUGCUGUGCAUUCAGCCGUGAGGCGAGGUCAGGAGGCGGUCGUUGCGGAGCUGCUGAGGCUGGGGGCAUCGCCAGGAGAGCCGGACGAGAGCGGCGAUACUCCUCUCCACGUCGCUGUGCGUCACGGCCAUCACGGCAUCCUUACGCUACUGCUACUCCAGAAACCUGAAAUGGAUGUGCUUGAUGGCAACAAUCGUACGCCUCUUCAUGUAGCAGCUGAGCAAGGCUCUCUCGCUGCUGUCGAAGCUCUGGUUUCUGCCCACGCGGAUCUCAACCUCCGCUUCGGCGGCCGUGAUCAAUCGGCAAUGGAUUGUGCUGCGUACUUCGGUAAUGUGGAAAUCAUACGCACGCUGAACCAACACGGGGUUGACGUAAAUGACGCUGGCGCUACUGGUAUGACUCCCUUGCACAUCGCUGCCGCUCAAGCCCAAGUUGCCGCGGCUCGGGUGCUCGUCGAGGUUGGGGCCGACGCCCGCGCGGAGAGUGGAGCGGGUAACACACCGCUGCAUCUGGCGGUAAGGACUGCUUCAGUGGAUGUCGUGGCUACUUUGUUGAGUCACGGGGCAGACGCAAACAAGCUAAACGGUGAUCGACUCUCCGCUCUUCACCUGGCUGCCAAGGAUGGCGCAGCUGACAUGGUACAAGCACUCCUGGCCGCGGGAGCCCAGCCAAACCUUCGUGCGGGCGAGGAUGAUAAGGCGGGCCUCACCGCUCUUCAUAUGGCGAUCUCGAACAAGGACACGGGUGUAAUCGACGCACUUGUAGAGGCCGGUGCUGAGAUUGACGUCGAGGGAGGUGAAAUGCGCGAGACACCGUUACACCUGGCGACCAAGCUUGAGUCAUCGCAAGGAGUGGCCAUUCUGUUGCAGCGCGGAGCUGACGCGAACAAGCUGAACGGCGAUCAAUUCUCAGCUCUUCACCUGGCUGCAGAGGGCGGCAGCGCCGCCAUCGUUCAUACACUCCUGGCCGAGGGUGCGCAGCCAAACCUUCGUGGUGGUGAGGAUGGAAAGACCGCGUUGGACCUCGCCACGGUUGGGGGCCAUGCUGAGGCCGUGACAGUUUUACUCUUGCACCGGCCUAGCUUAAAUGCGACGGACAAGCUUGGCCGUACUGCCAUGCACUCUGCUGCCUCCAUCAACAAUGUGGCGGCCAUCGAUGUUCUUGCCGCCGCCGGGGCAAACGUCAACGCGAGGGACAAGGAGUGCUGGACUCCUCUCCAUUGCGCGUCAUCUGUAGGGUUCGCUGAAGCUGUCACGGCGCUCAUGAGGUACGGGGGUAGCGGCAACUAUUUCCACGCCGAGGGUGAAUCGCCGCUCCACCUUGCAGUUCGUGAAGGCCAUGGCGCUGCUGUGACCGCCCUCUUGGUCGGCGGUGCAGACCCCAACCUCCCCACCGAUGAUGGCUCCUCUCCCCUGUACCUGGCUGUCUAUUAUACGAAACUAGAGGUGCUGAAGGCAUUAACUCAACACGGCGUCGACGUGAAGGGUACCCGAACCAAUGGCGUUAGCGUCUUGCACACAGCUGUUGUCCAGGAAGAUGUGGAGGUAGUUGAAGCGCUCAUCGCCGCAGGGGCCGACCUCGAGGCAGAGGAUACAGACGGGGGUACUCCUCUUCAUGAAGCUCUUCGUUCGGGGUGCUUUGAAACGGCCGCCGCUCUGCUUAAGUGUGGCGCGGAUCCGACGAAACGGACGGCCAGUAACCGGGGCCUCCUUCACGAGGCCGCCCGAGGAGGUAGCGCGUCCUGCGUAGAACUAGUUCUCGCCGAUGGUGCGGACAUCAAUCUUCGUGACGACGAGGAAUCCACGGCACUGCACGCGGCGGCUAUUCAUUCUACCUCGAUCGUGGAGAAGCUACUUGAAUACGGCGCGGACCCAGAUUCUCGAGAUUCGGAUGGUUGCACCGCACUGCACAAGGCCGCCGAGAGCUACAACGGAGGCGUUACGACCGACGCCCUCGUUGACGGAGGUGCUGCAAUCGAGGCCCGCGACAGCAACGGUAGAACCCCCCUUCAUGUCGCGGCGUACUCCCACAUGCGCGCAGAAAUGAAGGCCCUUCUCAGGAGCGGUGCCGACAUCCGUGCUAGAGACAAUGAUGGACGCUCACCACUACACCUUGCAGUUGAUGGCGCGGACGUCUGCCAGAUCAAUCCCGCCCCUGUGGAUCUGCUGCUGAGAUGGGGUGCAGAUGAAACCGCCAAGGACGACGGAGAUGACUCGCAGGACGGCCGGAGCCCGGGAGAAGGUGCUUCCCAUUGGAAAGCUUUUGAAGGGCGCUGAGAAGGACAGGACAUGGCGUCGUCGAGGCUGGCUGGUCUUGUGCCAUGCUUUCCCGGAGAAGGUUCGGCUGAGAGCUGAUAGUGGAGGAGCGAACAGUAGAAACGGGAGAAGUGUCCGAGUGCGGGGCGUUACAGCGGCAGCAUCGCAUGGCGUCCGCUCCGGUACGCCUCACGGGCGGGUCGGUCGAGGCUUGAACGGUGUGGUGGCAACUGUGGUGGGCUUGGAAGAAGGUGUUUUCCGGAACAUCGUGAAGUUCCUGUGAGCCAUGACGCCGCCGGCUGUGUUCCGUCGUCCUUUCGGCACUUCGCACCACAGGGCCGUGCAUGCUAACAAGCUGAUGGCUGAGAACGGUCGCCGAGCGUGGGCUGGAGAAUUCUUUCAUCAGGCCGUUUGGUUCAGACGUGCAUCUUCUUCAUUUUCUGUACCGGGCGGGAACGGGGAUGAAGAACGGGACGGGGAUGGGCAGGGAACACCUUUCGGGCCGAACCUUGACGGAGUAUUUAAGUGAGUGGUUUGUUGUUUUUGGUCAAUUGUUGGGGGGAACCGGGUCGUCGGCAGAUCUGCUUCGAUGAAAUCUUGAUUUA